UAAAAGAAAAUCAGCUAUAACAAUGACUACACUAGAUGAAAAUAUGAGAGUUGAACAUUUUACUUCAACACCACCAGAAAAGAGAGUAUCUGCUCAUUCACACAUCAGAGGACUUGGACUUUUACCAGACGGAACCGCGCUUGCUAUUAAAGGAGGUUUUGUUGGACAGGAAAACGCGAGAGAGGCAAGUGGGAUCGUUGUCGAAAUGAUCAAGUCAAAAAAAAUGGCAGGCCGUGCUAUCUUAUUUGCUGGCGCACCAGGAACAGGAAAAACUGCCAUUGCACUUGGCAUCUCACAAGAACUCGGACCCAAAGUUCCUUUUAGACCUAUUGUGGGAUCUGAAGUGUAUUCGACAGAAAUCAAAAAGACUGAAGUUUUGAUGGAAAACUUUAGACGUGCUAUUGGAUUGCGCAUAAAGGAGACGAAGGAAGUAUAUGAAGGUGAAGUCACCGAGAUCACGCCAGAAGAAACAGAAAAUCCUUUAGGUGGUUAUGGCAAAACAAUUUCUCAUGUCAUUAUCGGGCUCAAGACAUUAAAGGGCACAAAACAGGUGAAGUUAGAUCCUAGCAUUUACGAAUCUGUUCAGAAGGAAAGAGUGACGGUAGGCGAUGUUAUAUACAUUGAAGCUAGUACGGGUGCAUGUAAGAGAGUAGGACGUUCAGACGCAUAUGCUACCGAAUUCGAUUUGGAGGCAGAGGAAUAUGUCCCGUUACCAAAAGGUGAUAUACAUAAAAAGAAGGAGAUUAUCCAAGACGUAACUCUUCAUGAUUUGGACGUAGCCAAUGCUAGACCAGAGGGAGGACAGGAUAUCGUGUCAAUGAUGGGUAAAUUAGUCAAGCCUAAAAAAACCGAGAUAACAGAUAAAUUGAGACAGGAAAUCAACAAGGUUGUGAAUAGAUAUAUCGAGCAAGGAGUAGCCGAGCUUGUACCCGGUGUUCUUUUCAUUGACGAAGUUCAUAUGCUGGAUAUAGACUGUUUUACAUACUUGAAUAGAGCAUUAGAAUCGCCAUUUUCACCUAUUGUCAUAUUCGCAACCAAUCGUGGUAUGUGUAAUGUUCGUGGAACGGAUGACAUUGUUUCACCUCACGGAAUCCCAGUUGAUUUGCUCGAUCGUCUUUUAAUCAUCCGUACAUUACCUUACACCUUGGAUGAAAUCAAAGUUAUCCUGCAAUUAAGAGCUCGCAUAGAAAAUAUUAAGAUUGAUGACGAGGCCGUAGAGUCUAUUGCAGAGACUGGCGUAAAUACUUCAUUAAGAUAUGCAAUUCAGAUAUUAACACCAGCAAGUAUUAUUUCAGAAAUGAAUGGUCAUGAAUCGAUUACAAAGGACGAUGUGCUUCAAAUUGAUGAUAUAUUCUUUGACGCAAAGAGGUCCGCUGCACAUCUGGUUCGACAAGAAUCAAAAUUCCUUGUAUAAUAAAGAAUAGCGUGCUGUCUAUUUCGGCCUAUCCUUCACCUAUAAGACAAAUACAUAUCCUUUCAUGGAAAAGAAUGAAGGAAUAACAAUGGGUGACAAGAGAAUCAAUUAGGAUGAAUGUCCGACCAUUUUUUUUUUUUCAAUUAACACAAGGAAACGAGUUUAUUGUCUGCACAACAAUGUAAACCUAAAGCAAAGUACUAUGAAAGUAUUACCCGAUGAUCUUAACUUGUAAUGUACUCUAUAACUAUAUAUAAUAAGACAACUACAGGAUUAAUGCUCACAUGUUGAGCUAAAC